GCUGGGAGAAGUCGAGGAAUUCUAACUCCAGGCCCAUUAGAGCAGCGACUCUCUAGCCAGAACUUAUAAUGAGUCACACAGUAAAAUAUAAUCACGUGAAAUUGUUUCCCUCCAGGUGUGAGAAGAGGAAGUUCCAGCAGCCAGAGGAGAUUUCUCCUGAACUGGAAGAGCGAGUCAGUGGUUUCUGCCAGAAAACGAUUGUGCUAAUGGAGAUUCUGGGGAAGUUCAAAGACACUCUGCCGUCUGAACUGGAGAGAAAAAGGGGAGGAUCAUUUGGAGCACACAGAGAGGUGAAUGUGACUCUGGAUCCAGACACGGCUCAUCCCAACCUCGUCCUGUCUGAGGAUUGGAAAAGUGUGAGAGGGGGAAACACACGACAGCGACUGCCCAACAACCCUGAG